UUCUUCGAUGCAAGUCCCCAGACCGGGAGGCGGAAGUCAGAAUGGUUCCGAAACCUGGGGUUCUGGAAAUACUUCAAGGAUUUCUUUCCGAUCUCAGUCAAGAAGACUUCGGAGCUGGAUCCGACGAAGAACUACAUCUUCGGGUAUCAUCCUCACGGCAUUAUUGGGUGCGGUCUCUAUUUUGCUCUUGCUACCUCGUCGGGGUGCAGCCUUGAUGAGAGAGCUCUCUCGUUGCCAGGACUCGACCUUUAUCUUCUCACCCUCCCAAUUCAGUUUCGAUUGCCAUUCAUCCGAGAGGUCUGGCUGCUGAUGGGCAUCUGCGACAGCUCCAAGGAGACGUUUAAGAGAAUUCUGUCCAAGGGUCCAGGAUCGUCACUGGCUGUAGUAGUGGGAGGUGCAGCAGAAGCGUUAAAGUCCUCACCGGGUAAGAUCGAUCUGACGCUCAAUGCACGGAAAGGAUUUGUAAGGCAGGCGCUGCUUCAUUCUGCUUCUCUUGUUCCUGUGAUCGCCUUCGGGGAGACCGACGUGUAUGGUGUGUUGCAGAACCAGUUCUUCAAGAAAGUACAAGUCAGACUUCAGAAAUGGUUUGGGUUUGCCAUGCCUUUGUUUCAUGGCAGAGGAAUCUUCAAUUACAACUUCGGUCUCAUUCCCCACAGACGUCCUAUAACCGUCGUUUUGGGC